GACCAGGCGAGGCUGGAUGGCGCGCUGAGCAUGCUGCGCCUCAUCGCCAGGAAGUACGAGUUCAAGGACGAUGUGGACCGCCUGCCGCUGGUCCAGAUGUCUCUGCUCUCCAGCGACAGCGCGUCCCUGGAGCUGGCGGAGCUGCUCAAGCUCAUAUGCAAGGUGUACUGGUCCUCCACGUACAUGGAGAUCCCGGAGCUCAUGACACACCCUGACGCUAUCAGGGCGUGGAUGUCCUGCUUCCAGACCCUCAUCAUGCGGCCCCUCCCCCUGGACCAAAUGCCGAGCGACCCCGACUCUCGGGACGCAUGGCAGUGGUGGAAGACGAAGAAGUGGGCCCUGCACAUUGCCUACCGCAUGUUCAACAGGUAUGGAACCCCCGACAUGUGCACAGAGGCGGGCGACGUGGCGUUCGCCACCGUGUUCCGCCGCGACUGGGCGCUGCCCCUCCUCCGCGCCUGCCUGCACGAGCUCAGCGGCGUGGCAGCGGGGCAAUACAUCGCGGGCCGCGUGUGCAACAUGGUUCUGCAGUACCUGACCCAGGCCCUGGCCUUCUCCCACACCUGGAAGGAGCUGAAGGUCACCCUGCCCAGCCUGCUCCCCAGCGUGAUCUUCCCCAUGCUGUGUUUCUCCGAGUCGGAUGCCGAGCUCUGGCAGGAGAACCCCCACGAGUACAUCCGCAAGGGGUACGAUAUCAUCGAGGACCUGCACUCCACCAAGACUGCGGCCAUGAACUUCCUGCUGGAGCUCUGCAAGUCCCGGCCAAAGGGCAACCUGGAUGCCCUCGUCCAGGUGCUGAAGCAGAAGGCGCGGUACGCCGCCUCGCUGGAGCCCAUGCUGCUGCAGCACGUCGUCCCCCUGUUUGACUCGCCGCAUGGCCACCUGCGCGCCAAGGCCUGCUGGCUGGCCGGCGCCUUUGCUGACAUCAGCUUCCAGGAUGGCCAGGGCAAGGGCCCGACCUUCACAGCGCUGCUGCACCGCUGCGUCAGGAGCAUCGCGGACCCGGAGCUCCCCGUGCGCAUCGACGCCUCGGUGGCGGUCCGCGCCUUCCUCGAGGCUGUGGAAAUGGAGGACCUGCCCCUGUUCAAGGACCUGAUCGACAACGAGGACCUGACCUUCUCGCUGGAGACGGUGGUGGAGCGGUUCAGCGACGAGAUGGCGCCCUACGCGCUGGGCCUGACCACCCACCUCACCCAGCAGUUCUGGCGCAUCGUGUCGGAGGAGGACGCCGCGGGGGCCGGGGAGGAGGAGGACGACGAGGGCGCACUGGCGGCCUACGGCGUGCUGCGCACGCUGUCCACCAUCCUGGACUCGGUGUCCGGCGUGCCGGAGCUGUACCCGCAGCUGGAGGAGCUGGUGUUCCCCGUCCUGCACCGCUACACCUCCACCGACGGCCAGGACGUGUUUGAGGAGAUCAUGCAGAUCAUUACCUACCUCACCUUCUACGGCAAGGCCAUCAGCCCGCGCAUGUGGAGCCUGUACCCAAGAAUGCUCGAGUGCCUGAACGAAUGGGCAAUAGACUAUUUUGAGGAGGUGCUGAUGCCGCUGGACAACUACAUCUCCCAGGACACCGAGACCUUCCUGAACACGCGUGACCCCGACCUGCUGGCCCUGACCAACCAGACGCUGGAGAAGGUGCUGGCCGGGGAUGGGUACCCCGUGGACCAGGUGGUCUGCGCCCCGCGGCUCAUGGGCGUGGUGCUGCAGACGUGCCGCGGGCGGGUGGACACCUGCGUCGCGCCCUACCUGGGCCUGAUCCUGCGUCGCCUGGCGCGUGGCGACGCUGACGAGGACCUGCACUCCGCGCUCCUGGUGGCCGCCGCCGAUGCGCUGUACUACUCGCCGGCGCUCGCGCUGCGCGCGCUGGCGGCCCAGCCCGGCGCCCUGGCCGCACUGUUCGGCGCACUGGGCAAGGCGGUGGCGGCCACGCGCGCCGGCGGGCGCAUGGCGGCCUUCCCCUCGCGCCGCGACAAGAAGCUGCUGGCUCUGGGCCUGACCGCGGUGCUGUCCACGCCCGAGGCCGACACGCCGCCGGAGAUUGCGUCGGCCGUCGGGCAGCUGGCCGCCGCGGUGGUGCGCCUGCUGCUGGCCGUCAAGCGGCAGGAGGAGGAGGCGGCGGGAGGGGGGGGCGCGCGGGAGCGGGAGGGCGAGGACGCCGGCGCGGCGCGCGCCUCGGGCGACGAGGCCGACAGCGAGGGCGCCGACGGCGACGAGGCAAACACCGACAGCGACGACGACCGCGUCGGGCGGUAUGGCGCGACGCGGGGCGACUCGGACGUGUCAGACUCCGAGGAGGAUUGGUGGAGCGACGGGGAGGCGGAGGUGUCCAGCCCCGUGGACGCCGUGGACCCCUUCAUCUACUUUGGGGAGGUGCUGGGCGCGCUGGGCACCAGCCAGCCGCAGCGCGUCGCGGCCAUCCAGGCCACCAUGGACGAGGGCACGCGCGCCGCGAUCCAGGGCAUGACGGCCUACGCGGCCCAGCUGCAGCAGGAGAAGCUAGAGGCUGCGGCUGCUGCGGCUGCAGCACAUUGA